CGAUAAACCACCCCGUCCAAUCCACAGGUCCAUGCCAUCUCCAUCGCCGCCAUGAGCCUCAGUGUGUCGUCGAGGCGGGUGCUCCGGGGCGCCCCGGCGCUCGUGAUCCCUUCGACGACGACGACGACGACAACUACGACGACUACCACAGCCUCCUCCCUGAUACCCUCCCUCCAGUCCCUCACCCUCUCCCCCCGCAAUGCCGCCUCCGCCGCCCGCCCAAUCCACACCACCGCCCGGAACCAAUGGUUCUGGAGCAAGAAGAAGAGCAGCGAGCCCGAGGGGGGGUCCGCGCUAGAGAAGCAGGUUACCGGCACGCGCGAGUCGCGCAACAAGCUCAUCAGCGCGCUCACCUCGCGCAUCCAGGCGCCCGCCCUGUUCGCCGACGAGGUCAAGGGCACCGACAAGUACGUGCCGACGGGCCCCUACAGCGGCUCCGGCGGCGGCGCGGCCCACACCCGCGUGGGCGCCUCCCUCGUGCGCGAGCACAUGGCCCGCCACGCCGACCCGGACCCGCGCAGCCGCGUGCGCUGGGAGCGCAAGAUGGUGAUCCGCUCCGUCCAGCGGGGCACCAACCCGUUCAGCCGCGAGCCCCGCGCCGCCCGCAUCGCCCGCACCGAGCGCCAGCUCACCAGCAAAAGCCCCUGGCUCGCCACCAGCACCAAGAAGCUCGUGCACCUGGCGCGGCAGAUCCAGGGCAAGACGCUCGAGGAUGCGCUGGUCCAGAUGCGCUUCAGCAAGAAGAAGUACGCCCAGGAAGUCAAGUACCAGCUCGAGCUCGCCCGGGAUAUCGCCAUCGUCGAGCGCGGGAUGGGGCUGGGCUCCGUGAAGAAGGCACAAGAGGGCGGUGACAACAACAACAACAACAACAACAACAACGGCGGCGGCAAGGUGAUAGAGAUCCAGGACAAGAACGGCAAGUGGAUCAAGAUUGACGACCCGACCCGCAUGUACGUGGCCGAGGCCUGGGUGAACCGCGGCCCGUUGCGGGGCACUCUCCCGGAGUUCCGCGCCCGUGGAAGAGUUAACUUUCACCGCCUCCCUUCAGCCAGCAUCUCCAUCGUUCUCAAGGAGGAAAAGACACGGAUUCGCGAGGCCGCCGAGCGCGAGGCCAGGAAGCUUCGCCAGGGCCCGUGGGUGCAUCUCCCCGACCGCCCCGUCUCUGCGCAGCGGCAAUGGUAUUCGUGGUAGAGAGGAUGUACAGGA